CAGUAAAAGAUCCUGAAGGCUAACGGAAGCCAGUAAAACACAAUGCGGUACUGAGGGAGCAGCAGCAAUGCACGGCUGGACAUAGAACACACAGGACAGAGGGGGCGAAAGCACAAAUCUGCUCAAUAUUGGACCAUGCAGACCUGUCUCUGAUAAUUUCCAAGGCGGGUGGGUGGGGGGAACUGAAGGACACAGCCAUGCAGCCGGCUGCUUACACGCUCUCCUUGAUGCUCUGUGCCUUGGGGACCUUCUCUCUGGUUCAUUCCAGGCAGGCAGGAGCCGCCUUGUUGACGGAGAUGGAGAGAAGGGCUGAAAACCGAUUUCUGGAGAGGCAGAAUAUCGUCCCCCUCCGCCUGAUCCCCCGCCCGGAAGACGGCACCCAGACUGGGCACGGGGUGCUCAACACUCGGGUCAGCAGCAGCUCGGAUCGGAAGCAGUCCACUCAUGUUGCCCGAGCCAGCUUCCAGGUUGAUGCAUUUGGGUCAUCAUUCAUUCUAGAUGUAAUGCUAAACCAUGAUCUGCUGUCUUCAGAAUACCUUGAGAGGCAUAUCGAGUAUGGAGGAAAGACAGUGGAAGUUAAAGGAGGAGAGCAUUGCUAUUACCAGGGCCAAAUCCGAGGAAACUCAGAAUCAUUUGUUGCCUUGUCAACAUGCCAUGGACUUCAUGGGAUGUUCUAUGAUGGGAAUCAUACUUAUCUUAUUGAACCAGAAGAAAACUACACUUCACACGAGGAUUUCCAUUUCCACUCUGUUUACAAAUCCAGGUUAUUUGAAUUUCCUUUGGAUGACCUGCCAUCUGAAUUCUGGCAAAUGAACACCACAUCACAGAAGUUUGUUGUAAAGCCAAGACACAAAAGGAGUAAAAGACAGGUUCAUCAGAUUUCACGUAAAGUUGAGGAGGAAACAAAAUACAUUGAGUUAAUGAUUGUGAAUGAUCAUCUAAUGUGUAAAAAACAUAGAUUAUCAGUCGGCCAUACGAACAGCUAUGCUAAAUCAGUGGUGAACGUGGCAGAUUUAAUAUAUAAAGAACAACUUAACACCAGGAUAGUAUUGGUUGCCAUGGAAACCUGGGCUACUGAUAACAAGUUCACCAUAUCUGAAAACCCAUUGGUGACUCUACGUGAGUUUAUGAAAUAUAGGAGAGAUUUUAUCAGAGAGAAAAGUGAUGCAGUUCACCUUUUUUCGGGGAGUCAAUUUCAGAGCAGUCGGAGUGGUGCAGCCUACAUUGGUGGAAUUUGUUCACUAUUGAAAGGUGGAGGUGUGAAUGAAUUUGGAAAGCCAGACUUACUUGCAGUGACAUUGGCGCAGUCGUUAGGCCACAAUCUUGGCAUUUUCUCAGAUAAAAGAAAACUACUAACUGGUGAGUGUAAGUGUGAGGACACAUGGUCUGGAUGUAUAAUGGGAGACAUGGGUUAUUAUCUUCCAAGCAAGUUCUCCAAGUGUGACAUUGAGGAGUAUCAUGAAUUUUUGAACAACGGAGGUGGCGCCUGCCUCUUCAAUAAACCAUCCAAGCUUCUAGAUCCUCCAGAAUGCGGCAAUGGUUUUGUUGAAGAUGGAGAAGAGUGUGACUGUGGUACUACUGCAGAGUGUGCCAUUGAAGGAGGAGAUUGCUGUCAUACAUGCACCCUAACUGCAGGCUCACAGUGCAGCAAUGGGCUUUGCUGUAGAAAGUGUAAAUUUGAAUCUAAAGGAGUUGUGUGCCGAGAUGCGGUAAAUGAUUGUGAUAUUCCAGAAAACUGCUCAGGAAACUCCAGCCAGUGUUCUCCCAAUAUUCACAAAAUGGAUGGGUAUUCAUGUGAUAACAAACAGGGUAUUUGUUUUGGAGGAAGAUGUAAAACCAGGGAUCGGCAGUGUAAAUACAUCUGGGGUGAAAAAGUGACAGCUGCUGACAGAUACUGCUAUGAGAAACUGAAUAUUGAAGGGACUGAGAAAGGUAACUGUGGAAGGGGCAAGGACACUUGGAUACAGUGCAACAAACAGGAUGUGCUUUGUGGAUAUCUUCUGUGUUCCAAUAUCUCUAAUGUCCCAAGACUUGGGGAACUUGAUGGUGAAAUCACAUCUUCAGUCAUACAGCUGGGGAAAUCCUACAACUGCAGUGGUGGCCAUGUUAAGCUAGAUGAAGAGACAGACCUGGGCUAUGUUGAGGAUGGAACGCCAUGUGGCCCAGAGAUGAUAUGUUUUGAGCGCAGAUGUCUCCCCACUGAUUCCUUUAACUUCAGCAUCUGCCCAGGCACUACAGAUGACAAAAUUUGUUCAGGACAUGGAGUUUGCAGCAAUGAAAUCAAGUGUGUGUGUGAUCGAUUCUGGGUAGGAGAUGACUGCAACACCGCUUACAAAGAUGCUUCAAUUUUUGAUGAAGAAAUGGUAGGCAAAGGUGUUGUUAGUACAAAUAUAAUAAUAGGGGCUAUUGCUGGCACCAUUUUAGUGUUGGCUCUCGUUUUAGGAAUAACUGGAUGGGGUUACAAAAACUAUCGGAGACAGAGACAAAUACCACAGGGAGAUUAUGUAAAAAAGCCUGGAGAGGCCGACUCUUUUUAUAGCGACAUGCCUCCUGGAGUCAGCACAAAUUCUGCAUCUAGUUCUAAGAAGAGGUCAAAUGGAUUAUCUCAUUCAUGGAGUGAAAGGAUCCCAGACACAAAGCAUAUUUCAGACAUCUGUGAAAAUGGGAGACCUAGAAGUAACUCGUGGCAAGGUAAUAUAGGAGGAAACAGAAAGAAAAUCAGAGGCAAAAAAUAUAGGCCACGGUCUAAUUCAACUGAGACUCUGUCUCCUGCAAAGUCUCCAUCUUCCUCUACUGGAUCUAUUGCCUCCAGCAGAAAAUACCCAUACCCGAUGCCUCCACUUCCUGAUGAGGAGAAGAAAGCUAACAGACCAAGUGCCAGGCUAUGGGAGACUUCCAUUUAGUUCUACAGUUUACCUGGGUGACAUCAGAACUGUUUACUUCAAAUUUUAUAGAAACUCAGCAUCACUGAGUCAUUGCACAUUCAUCUGCUCUUCAGACAAUUUGAAAGAACAACAGAGAUGCCAGUGAUCACAGAAAGAACCUGCUCUCAUACCCAAGGGGGGAAAAACAACAUGUUUUGCUGUUGAUUAGAAUUCUAUUAAAUCUGUAAAGAAUAACCAAAAGUCACAAAAAUUAACAUGGGAUAAAUAGAUUGAAUAUGAUAAGAUUAUUCUGCAUGAUGACCCAUAUAUGUAGAAAUACAACUAAAACUCAUAUACAAAUCCCGAAUAAAAGAGGUUUUUCUUUGGUUUAUGCAGUCCCAAAUAACAACAAAAUUGAGUUCAGAAUUUUGUAUUCUGAAGCACGUGACCAAUGUAAACAUUAUGCUAUGUGCAUGAACCCUCGGUUUUUUACUUUCCACAAGUAAGGGGAAAACCACGUACUGUAGUAGAAAUUAGCAUGCAGGAGUAAGAAAUGUAGAAUUUUGCUACAGGAUCUUAAGUUUUGAGAGGCAUAAACUUCAAACAAACAAAAACUAUAUCUUUUUUACCUUUCAUGUUUAUAAUCUCCAUAUACAAAUUGUAUAUAUGUAAACAUUUUAAAAUGUGAAAACAGCUGUAACACACAUGUAUUUUGCCAAAUGCCUAAAGAAUCAAACAUGACUAACAUCGUCACACUUCAAGUGUUCUGAAUAUUAUGAGCAGACAGCUUUGGAAAUACAACAGUUCUAGUACUGUAAAUGUGUUUCUCAGCAGACUGGUGUUUGACCAAAAUCUCCACAAUCAGGGAAUAUAUUUGUUAUAAUCACCAGAAAAAUCAAAGUUCAAUAAUGCUUUGUCUUAAAUCACCACCUAAGGAACCAGCAAAAAUAAGUUGUCUGAUAGUGGUGAUGUGUGUUUGUCUCUUCUCUCACACUGGUGUAAAUCAGGAGCAACCCCACUGAAAUCAGAGCUGGAGUCUUUAACUAAUAGUGAACAUACAUUUACUGGAAAUUGAGGAGUAAUUUAAGGUCGUCAGUUAAGGGGGUGGAAGUGGAGUCUCAAUGGCAGAUUUGGGAUAUGCGUGUGUAAAGCACUUCAGACCCAAUGCUGGAGCAACCUGGCAGAGUAUACAGGUUGUGAUGGGCAUGAUGCUAUCAUAGUGCUAUACAAAAACUGAAAGCUGGGCAACUGGCCGAUUCUCCCUCCCUUCCCCCCACUUUUUUUUUUUUAACUGCUAUUACUUGUACCAUGUAUUAGCAUACUGAGGGUCCAUCCACACUGCUGCUGGGAGUAAGUCUCACAGCACGGGUAGAGGGACUCACGCUAGCAAGGCUUGAGGUCGUGUGCUAAAAAUAGCUAUGUGGACUUUGCAGAUCCGGCGGAGACUCAGGCUAGCCAUUUGAGCUGAAGCCUAGAGAUUGGGUGGUCUUGAGCUCGGUUGGCUCCGGAGUCUCUGCCAGAGCCACAAUGUCCACACAGCAUUUUUAGAGUGCUAACUCAAGCCCCAGUCUGUCUAGCCUGGCUGGGUGGCUCACUGCCACCUGCAGUGUGGACACACCCCACAUGCAGCAGCAGAGGUCUCCUUUGCAGGUAGCAUGGGCCUUGAGCUGAAUACAAGUGGAUCCAGACCAAUGAAAUUGAGGAUGCAAAAACAAACUCAUUACAAAGGAGACGUGGCAAGAUGGCAUUAACCUGACUGCUGGUCAACUGUAUGCUAUGUGCUAAAGGAUGUAGAGUAGAUAUAGUUACAACACCCAAAGGAUUCAAAAGGAUGCUGUAAAAUCCCUGGGCAUUUUCAAUUGUAAAUGUUCUUUAAAUAAUAAAAAUGGCAAUUAUAAUUCAGUUAAAACACCUCUCUUGUUAGUACCUCUCCAGAAGUGACAAACGUCCAGCCUCUGGUAAUUCCAUUGCAGAACAAAACAUCUCUUCUAAUAAGAAAUAUUAGAAUACAUGGCCCACAGUGAUAUAAUCAGUUAGAUGCUGACAGGAACAUAAUCUUCUACCUCUUUCACGUAAUUCCUUUAGUAAGUGAACCUACCACUUACAGCCUUUUAAUGUAACAGAGCUCAGUUUAUCAAAUUUCUCUCUGAUUAAAGCAAGUCACAUUUAGAGGAGUCUCGUGGCACCUUAAAGACCAACAGAUUUGUUUCAGCAUAAGCUAAAAAACACUUGAAGUGGUUUUUUUACGCAGGAAAACUUAUGCCCAAAUAAAACUGUUAGUCUUUAAGGUGCCACCGAACUUCUCACUGUUUUUGUGGAUAUAGACUAACAUGGCUACCCCUCUGAUACUCCCUUAGUCAAAUUUAGGUUAGUUUUAAAUUAAGGCAUUUUUUGUCAGCAACUGUUAAGUAUGUAAGAUUUUAGAAGUAUGAUAUUUUAUUUAUAAGACAGUGUGCAGGUUUACAUCUACACAACACUGGCCUAGCAGAGGAACUUAUCCCCUUCGUGGCAAGAGAUUUUGGUAAGGAUUGUGAAUUAUGACAAAUAUGAAUGAGAACAGAGAGCGUGGGUAUGUUUGAAAAGCAUUGGCAUCUACAAUGGCUUUGGGCAAAGAUUCUGCACUUUAAUGCAGGUUAUAGAUUUGUCGAUACAGAAGUAUGCAAUUGAUUAGUUUUGGAACCGAUGUGAAGAAGUGCUCUCUGUAGCUCAAAAGCUUGUCUCUCUCACCAACAGAAGUUAGUCCAGUAAAAGAUAUUACCACACCCACCUUGUCUCUCUAAUUUUGCAAAGGUUUAGUCUGAACAUAGGCCAAAGACAACAGGACAGAGAACUGUUAACAAUGUACAUCUUAUGGAAGAGGCGUCUGAUCCAUAGCCCACUGAAGUCAGUGGGAGUCGUGUGGCUGUCAAGGGGCUUUGAAUCAGGCCCUUAAAUAUUUCUCCCAAAUAAGGAAAUUCUUAUGUAAAAAUGUCCAACUCGUUGUUUCACCACAAGGAAGAUAACUUCUCCAUGCAUUAGUUUUUUGUUCUUAGUAACUGAAAUGUUUAUCAUGUGCCUUUUCUGAUAUUUAGUUUGAAUACAAACUAGUGUGUAAUUUUGAAUAAUCUUGUUUAUAUUUUUCUAUAUAUUCAUUCAUUCCUCCCUUUCCAUUUUCCCAUUAAGACACAGCAGGAUUUGGUGGCCGAAAUUGAAUGUAACAUAGUGGCAGAUUAUAUAACAUUCAUAGUACACCUCUACCCCGAUAUAACGCUGUCCUCGGGAGCCAAAAAAUCUUACUGCGUUAUAGGUGAAACUGCGUUAUAUCGAACUUGCUUUGAUCCGCCGGAGUGUGCAGCUCCGCCCCCCUGGAGCGCUGCUUUACUGCAUUAUAUCCGAAUUCAUGUUAUAUCGGGUCGCGUUAUAUCGGGGUAGAGGUGUAUCUUAUUUUGAAAAUGAAUAGGUCUCCUAACUGUAUUAUCUAUGUUGUAUUCUGUACUUGUGGCCUUUUUCUCUUUCUGGUGUCACUCAUUCGUAGGAUUUGAUAAUACCGCUAUUUGUGUGUAGGGUAAUUUAAUGGACAUGAUUGACAUUUGGAAAUAUGCAGUGAUUGGUAAUCUAGAUGUAAGCACUAAAUUUAAUUUAAAUAAAUAUUGGCUUCUCUUUGGUAUUCUAGCGAGUGAAAACACCUGGCACUUAAUGUAAAUUUCACCUUUUUUCAAAUGCAUUCCGGAGGAAAAUGCUGCACUAAGUUAGUGACCUGAACAGUAAAUUAAGUAAUGGUACAAAAACUGGAACUUGUAGGGUGUAUGAACCUCAAAAAGCCAGUGAAGCCUGACCAGGUUAAACCCAGAACAAUUGUUUGGUUUUUAUAUUACAUAAUUUGCCACUAGUUUAGUUUAAUGCCUCUGAAAGGAGCUAGCUGGAUAACCCUGGAGAUUGCAGACCUCUCUAAUCAUGUAAGUUGCAGCACAGAUAGUGGUGGCAUAGGUUGUCAUGCAAAACUUCACCCUGCUCAAGCUGCAGCAACUACAGAGUAAAGAUACACAGUUGUCAUGGCCCAUUCAGUUAAUUGGCUUGUUUGCUGAUUCUUCCAAUAUGGGUGCCAAUUAGUGCCAGCUGUGAUGCACAUACCUGCUGACUAAGGGUGCUGAGAGGUCAAUAAGGCCCAGCUCCUCAAAGAGAUUUAGGAUCCUAACUUCCAUUGAAAUCAAAGGAAGUUAGGUGCCUAAAUACCUUGAGGGAUCUGAGCCUAAGUUAUUUCAAACAUGCCACAAAUAGGUGUCUGAUAAGGAUUUUUGGUUAUUAGUAAAGUGAGCUAUAUUUAAAAGCAAUGAUCUCGGUUUCAUCCUGUGGGCUAAGAAUGUUGUGUAUUUAAAAUAAGAUUAAUAUGACCAAUAUGUUGAGGAUUGAAAAGCAGGUACUGCAUUCAAGUAGUAACUUUGCAUGAUGAUUUUGCUCUUCUGUGUAUUAAAUUCUUCAUGCCACAGAUGAUGCUGGAUUUGCUGAGAAUGAAGCUAUAAAUAAGGAGGUAACAUCAUAAGGAAUCCAUGCUACAGUUUCUGAUGAACAAAUUCAUACAAUGUAUCAGAAAUAUCUGAUUGCUGAUUUGCACAUAAAUGUAUUAUAUGCAAACAAAUAAGCACAUCUAGUUAAAAAAAGGUUCAAUUCUUUAAUUAUACAGUGUGUCCAUGUAUAAAUAUGUUGUGAAUUUAACCUUAAGUCUUAUGAGAUUUUUCUGGACAUGUUUCUUUAAGUACAGAUACUUCUAAAUGACUAACACUUUUCUCCUUGGUGUCUGAGACUUUGAACCUGCUAAGCUGAUGUACAUAGGCCCCAUGUAUACAGUACAUUUUACUGUCUUGGGUGAUCAUAAAAUAAUGGGCCUUUAGAGCAUGGCUACACUUUUAAAAAGAAAGAACUUUGACAAAAGAUAUCAAGCCUUUUCCUUCCCCUCCCAUCUCCACUGGUGUUAAAUUAACUCAUCUGAGCCUAUCUACACCAGUGCAACAACUGUUUUCAACAUCAGAGCCAGAAAUAGCCACAUUUGGUGGUGUAGGACCUUCUACACUACAAUUUCUAAUCAAAUAUGUAACCAGUUUGUUGCUUGGUUGGCUGAGCAUAGUUUGUGGAUAGACAUUCCUGCAUGUAAAUUGUAAAAACUGCAGGACAUUUUAACCAACACCUCCUUACAGGUUUGGCUCCUCCAUCCAUGUGUGUCAUAGGACAUCCUAGAGUGCGUUGUCUCACGUGUUGCUGAUGCCCCACUGUGUGCAUAGCUUCCAUACAUUAUCCCCUCUAUUGGGCAAUAUGGGAUUGCUGGCCAGACUCGUGUGGCUGCUGGUGUCAGCCUGUGUGGAUAGCACAUAACUUUUUUAAAGUAUUUCUCAGGCCCAGGGGAUAGAGUCUGAGCCUCCCGAACAGUUUUCAACAACCAUUUGGGAAAAGUCCACAACUGUAUUGCUUAAACCAGGUAACAGGAACAAGUGCUGGAAAGCAUGUCAGGACAUAGUAAUGCUGUACUGUGUUGGGGUUUUAAGGCCCUGUCUUACACUGGGCAAACUUUAUGCCUGGUUUUAAAAUCAGUUCAACUAAGCCAGUCUGGCUUCUUUAACACUCUGAAACCAGGUCUAAACCGCAGAUUCCAUCAGUUUUAAAGUCACUUUAGCUGAACCAGCUUUAAACCAGUUAGAAACUUUCUGCAGUAUAGACAGACCUGAACUGCCACAGGAUUCAGAGAGAAAUGAGGAUUAGGGGAAAUACAAAUAACAAGACAAUUAAAAAGCACUCUAUGGGGAGGAAGGGCUGAGUGACUCAGGAGUCAGAGUGAGGUAUCAAUUCAGUUGGUAACAUUUUUAAUGCUGGUUUUAAUUACAGGAGUUCAAAACCAAUACACCAAUUUAUUUGUUUCUCUGCAUUAUUAUGACUUUAAAAUGUUUUCUUUUUAAAAACUUACACAAGGCCUUAAGACCUUAUGUAUUCAAGCUUUAGCAUGCUGAGUAUUUUUUUACAAGCAGGUUAGAAACUCCUGUAAAUCUGCCCGACUGACCUUCAAGUAUAGUGGUGCUAACAGAUAAACAUAUGAUACUAUAAGGCUGUAAUACAGUAAGUGCUAAUACAUCAUAUUGUAAUAGUAGAAGGAUUCCUGCUCACUGCCUUUGCAUUUUAUGCUAGGGAAUAAUUGAGUGUAGGUUCAAACUAUGAGUAAAUGACCUGUUUUUUUCUUAUGGGUAAAAAAUAUUUCAGUACUUAGUGUUUUAUACAGAAUAUUGUACUUUUCAUUUUUUAUAACGAUCGUUGCAUAGAUGCAAAAUGUUAUUUUUCCAAAAUAGCAAAUUAUGGACUGUUUAAUCAGCAGGAGAAAAUACUAUUUACACUAUGCUCACUUUCAGAAAAGCUUUUGGCAUUGUACAUAGCAGUUGAGUCUGCCAGCUUUGUUUUGUGCUAAUAUUUUUAUCAUGUGUUGCUAUAAAAAACAUCUAUUAAUUUCUGAAGCUACCCCCUGCAAGUAAAACAUUCAUAGUGGACAAGUACUUGGUUUCACCCUUGGGGACUGGCUAAAGUUGACAUAAACAAUCACUUUGCAAAUCAUUGUCUUUGCUACAUGAAACCCUCCUAAUUUUCACACUGCAUUACAGAAACAUCAGAUUUUGACAAACACCAACAAGAAAUGCUGCACAUUCUAUCAUUGCAGCUUUGAGUGUGAUAUUUUUGACAAACAUUACAGGCAUUGGGCCGUUCAAGUGAGUGAAACUGGCUUUCCUAUAGCUAAACAAAAUGUUGCUUUUAUAAAAUAAACUCAUUGUAAUUUGAGAUUCUAAAUUCUUGCACACUUUUAUUAACAUCGUAAUAACCACUUCUAUGAGAGUAUUUAAUACAAAUGCCUGUGGUUUUCAAUGUUACUGACAUAUUGUAACAUCAGUAAAGUGACUUUCAAUGAA